AUGGCCGCUCGCAAAGCUUACAUCGUCGGUGUCGGCAUGACUGCCUUCACCAAGCCCGGCAACAAGGACUACCCCAUCCUUGGUCUCGAAGGUGCGGUCAAGGCCCUCAUCGAUGCCGGCCUCACCUACGACGACGUCGACUACGCCGCUGCUGGUUACGUCUACGGUGACUCCACCUGCGGACAGCGUGUCCUCUACCAGCUCGGCAUGACGGGUAUUCCCAUCGUCAACGUCAACAACAACUGCUCCACCGGUUCCAGCGCCUUCAACCUCGCUGCCAACGCCGUUCUUGCCGGCCAGGCCGAGUGUGCCCUCGCUGUCGGCUUCGAGAAGAUGGCUCCUGGCUCGCUCAGCUCCGCUUUCACCGACCGUGCUGCUCCCAUGGAGGGCACCAUGUCGCAGCUCUUCGAGAUCGAGGGCGACAAGGAGUACGAGACCGAGGACUUUGGUCCCUUUGCUGCUCGUAUCUUCGGCGCUGCCGGUCUCGAGUACUGUGAGAAGUACGGUGCCACCUGGGACCACAUUGCCGAGAUCUCGGCCAAGAACCACCGUCACUCGGAGAAGAACCCUUACGCUCAGUUCCGCGCCACCCCCAGCAAGGAGCAGGUGCUCAAGGCACGCAAGAUCACGCGUGAGGUCACCCUCCCCAUGUGCUCGCCCACCUCGGACGGUGGUGCCGGUGUCAUUGUCGCCUCCGAGGCUUUCGUCAAGAAGCACGGUCUCGAGGACCGAGCUAUCGAGCUUGCCGGUAUGGGUGUUGCCACCGACUCGAUCCGUCUCUACGAGGACCGUUCGCGAAUCGAGCUUGCUGGUGCUGACAUGUCGCGCCGUGCAGCCCAGAUUGCCUACAAGCAGGCCGGCAUCCAGGCCAAGGACGUCCAGGUUCUCGAGCUGCACGACUGCUUUGCCCCCAACGAGCUGGUCACCUACCCUGCUCUCGGCCUCUGUGCCGAGGGUGAAGCGCACAAGCUCGUCGAGCAGAAGCUCAACACUUACAACGACUCAGGCAAGGGUUGGGUUGUCAACCCCUCGGGUGGUCUCGAGUCCAAGGGUCACCCUCUCGGCGCGACCGGUCUGGGCAUGAUCAAGUACAUGGUCGACCAGCUCCGUGGCGACGCUGGCGCGCUGCAGGUCAAGAACGUCCAGCACGCCCUCACGCACAACAUCGGCCUCGGCGGCAGCUGCGUCGUGACCAUCCUCAAGAGGCCCAGCUUCUUCAAGGCCGGCGCUACCAACUCGGCCAAGCGCUUCGGCUACAACGCCGGCGACCAGGUCAAGGCUAUUACUGAGGAGGACCUCAACAAGGUCAAGAGCAAGCAGUUCUCCGACUACCUCCCCGCUGACCUCGAGUAA